AUGGAAACAAUCUGUGAAUGCAUAUUUUGUCAAAACACUGUCAAUUUGUAUAUGAUCAACAGUUCGCUUCAUAUAGGAGAAGAAAUUAUGGAACUUCAGGAAGUAAUAAUUGAUUUAUUCCUAGCAAAGCUUAAUGAAGAAGUCUUCAACUUCAUAUGCGAAGAAUGUAAAUCAAAAAUUACAGAAUUCUACCAAUUUAAACAAAGUGCUAGACAGAAAAUGAUUAAAUUAGAAGUUUUUGACAACCUUCAAGAGUUUCUUAAUUUAAAUCAUGACAAUAAAGUGCCCACUAUCAGAAUAUCAGAAAAUGAGUUUACUAUAUCGUACAAUGAAUUAGAUGACGGGCUUAUAGAUGAGUCUUUAAAAACUGAAGUUGAAGAGGAAGAAGCAACAAUUUACUAUGAAGAAGAAAAUAUGCAAGUGGAAGUUGAAGAAGAGGAGAUUGGAAUGGAGCCUUAUUUUGAAAUAGAAGCUAUUAAUGACGAAAGUCAAUCAGCCAUUGUUGACCCAGAAUUUGAAAUUCAAAUGCAAUCACCAUCAGAUCAAUUUGAAGCAGACGACGCAGACAAAACUUACAAAUGUAAGUGUGGAGUUGUAGUGCAAAGUCUUGCUGAACUCCAAUCACAUAUGCAGCAACAUAAACUGAAACCACCAAAUGCAACCAAUUCUUGUUGUGGCGUAAACUUUAAAGACAUCAAAUACUAUCAACAACAUCAAUGUGCUCAUGAAAAUUUCGAAGCAAUUUCUUCUUUUCUUCCUUCUCAUGUUUGCAAUGUUUGUCGUGUCAUGUACAGUUGUGAAGAUGAUUUAAUGGAUCAUCUUUCUCAGCACUCACAAGUUGAUGAAGUAGUUGAAGACUUUCUUAUUGAACGACGAAGUGCUUAUGAAGAUCAUUUCUUCCGAACUUUUGAACCAAAAAAUGACGAAGUCAAUGAAAUUGUUGAUGCUGAUGCUUUCUCAUGUGGACAUUGCAAAAAACAGUUCAACGAACAAAACAUGAAAGUGCAUUUGCUAUUCUUUCAUACAAAUAAUGUAAUUUGUCCGAUUGACAAUCGAUGCUUUGAAGAUGACAAGCAAGUUCGUCUCUUUUCCGGUCACAUAAGAAAUAAACACAAUGAAAUAUUCGAGAAAAAUGUUCUUUACAAUUGUAGACAUUGCAAUCAAGGUUUUGCAACAAAUUUUGAGAAACUUGAACAUAUGAAGCAAUGUGAAGCCAAGCUUUAUGUUUGUGAGAAUCAUUGCAACAAACGUUUCGCCACUGAAUGGCUCCUUAAAAAUCAUUUAAAAAUAGUGCAAGGCGAGGAUCGAUUUUCAUGUGAAACUUGUAAAAAACGUUGCGUUUCACGAUCAGACCUUCAAAUUCAUAGCAGAGCUCAUACAAAUGAGAGACCAUAUAGUUGUCCAAUAUGUCACAAAAGAUUCAAAACAUCUGCUAAUCGGUCAUCUCACAUGGACAUUCAUGAACCUCAGAAGAAACACGAGUGCAAGAUUUGUGGUGAAAAAUUUCAAACACGACCAAUCUUAAGGAAACACAAAAAAAAACAUGAUGAGAAGUAUCAAGAAGAUUGCAUUUGCAAGAUUUGUGAACGAAAAUAUCUCACUCGACAACAUGUACUUCGACAUCUCAAGAAUUAUCACAACGCACCAGCUGAUCUAUCAACGGAAAAAAUGAACGAAUUCUACAGUGAAUAUCUUUAAAACUACUUAGCAAAUUUUUCUUUUAUUUCCCUAAAUAAAAUGAAUUUUAAUCAAUUAAAUUCUUGAAAUCGUCAAGCUUCUCUGACUUAUGAACAGCUUUUAAAUGUCGACAAUAAAGUUGACGUUGUUUGAAAGACUUUCCACAAUGACACUGCAAAUAAAUUGAAAUUUAUCAGAAUUAGGUAGUUAAUAAAACUUAAAAAUGUUAAUGAAACACUCAC